CGUUUUAAGGGUCUUUCCUGGUAUCGCAGGCCCCAGGAAUGCGAGGCCGUGUCCCCCCCGAGUUCUCAGAGCGGUCCGGGUGAAGCAUCAGGAAUCAAUGGGCUGUAAGGAUGGAGAAAUUAUCCAAGAUAGAAAACUUAACAGAGGAUAAAAUUGAAGAGUACCGAGAAGCCUUCCGACUGUUUGACAAGGACGGGAAUGGUUCCAUCACAACAGACGAGUUGAUCACCAUACUGAAGAACCUGGGCCAGAAUCCGACGGAUGCCGAGAUCAGCGAGAUAGUCGGCGAGGUGGACGCCGAUGGUAACGGAAACAUCGACUUUCCAGAAUUCUUACUUCUGAUGUCCAAGAGAGAAAAGGACGAGGAAACGGACGAUGAUUUAUUAGAGGCCUUCCGAGUGUUUGAUCGGGACGGGGAUGGACAUAUAAGCACAACAGAGCUCCGAAUGGUCAUGCUGAAUCUAGGGGAGAAGAUGAGUGAGGAGGAGGUGGAACACAUGAUAGAGGAGGCGGAUGAAGAUGGUGAUGGUCAGGUCAACUAUGAAGAAUUCGUCAAGAUGAUGACAAACAGACAAUAAAAAUGACGUCAUUCAAAUUUAAAUAUAAAAAUCUGAAUGUAUUCUUCAACGAAAUAAACCGAACUUAAGCUCUAAAACCUGUUCACUUCUUUCUUCACACUGCCCAAAUAUUUUAUUAUGUGUCGAUAUUUUGCGAUUUUAAAAAUUAGACAUAGCUUUG